UGUCAGCUCCGAUUCCCUCACAACAGCAUCCAGGUCAAGUCCAAGUUAGUAAACCAUGUCACAUUUCUUGUUGCAGGGCAGCUAGGAUGCUGAGGUCUGCAAAGCCUACAUCGAUGCGAACGCGUCGAGGAAACAAGUAGGUCAGUCAAAUAUUCACGUUAUUAGUCGGUGUCAAAGCCAGUCCCCAAAUUUGCUGAAGAGGCAUCUGAUACUAAACGGAGCGAUGGAAGAUCCGCUGGGAAGCGGUGAAGUGAGCCAUUAAAAGCCCGCUAAGCGCGGGGAUAGGUCGUCUGCAGGGGGAUGAAAUGUUUCCAGCGGUCCGCAGGGAGCCCAAAUGUGCCCGGAUCGGAGUCGAACACAGAAUAGAAGACCCAGAUGUUCAGGAUAGAGCUGCUCUCUGCUGUUGAAAAGAGACUGUCUUCAUUUUUCACUGCACUUUGACCUUUUAGCUGGAGCUUUCAGUCAGUCCUGUCCAAGAAGAUUUGUUGGAUAUCUUUAUAAGGCGGGAGAGUUUUCCUGAAUUCUGUCAGCACAUCUAUGUGGGUUGUGGAGAAGAUCCGUGUGUCAAUGGAGAGCUCAAUCCUGCCUGUACCAUCAACAGAAUUCAGCUUUAAGAUCGGAGACAUCAUGUUUGGGGAAAAACUGGACAAAACCAAAAGGAUUUCUCUCUUCCCAAAUGUCAUCACCCCUGACAACAUCCCAGAGUUCUGCAUCCCUCCAACCAUCCCAUCCAUGCAGGAGAUAAAGUAUACAGACAGAGCUUCCCGUCUUGUAAAACUGAGCCUUUGCGAGAAGCCCGAUGCAGCGGUGGCGCAGCACGAGGCCAUGAACCCACACAUCAUCCAGGUAGAGAGCGUGGAUGAGGGCCCGUAUGAUGGCUGCAGUGAUGAGGAGACGACAAAUGCGGAUCCCCAGAGCCAGGCCGCUUUGUCCCUCCCUCACAUGGCCAAAGCGCAGACCUGCUACGGUUUUUGCACCUUACUAGAGAGCCCCCACACCAGGAGGAAGGAGUCUCUCUUCCAUGCCGAUCCAGGCUGCUCUCCCCUGCUGCUUCCCAGGAGCAGGUCCACAACAUGCUCCCAAGUCAACCCACCUCCUUCGUCUUCCCCUUCUUCCUUUAGCCUCAACACUCUGUCCUCCAGGCUUGCUCCGAGAGGACACAGCAUCAACUGGCAGGGCACUCUGGACAGUGAUACCACAUCCUCUACAGAGUCGUCCCCGUUCAGCUCGCCCUUGCUGACCAGAUGCCCCGCCAAGUCGUCCCUCUUCAAGGCACUCAGCCAUGAACUGCUGCUGUCACGGAGCAUGAGGAAGGCCAUGGUGUCCAGGAAUAAUUCCCUUUCCACAGAUGAAGGCAGCUCGACAGACAAUAGCCCCAGUGUGAUGAGGAGGGCUUCCGAGGGCUUAGCAGAGGGAUUCCCUAGUUGCUGUAGACUGGCACCCCCUACUAUCUUCCCCAUGGACUUGACCCUGCACAAGGAGAGGGUAAUGAAGGAAAGAAUGGUGCCCAUAGGGAAAGAUGGCAGCCUGAGACUCUCAACUGAGUACUGCCCGGACAACCAAAGACUGCGUGUCCGACUGAUCAGCGCAGAGGGCCUUUACCCUCUCUCUGUAGAUCCCAAGAUCAUUAACUGCAGCGUCAGCCUCUCUUUGGUUCCAGGGAAAGUUCAGAAGCAACGCAGCACCGUCAUCCGAAAGAGCCGCAAUCCCAUCUUCAAUGAAGAUUUCUUUUUCGACAAUAUCUCAGAGGAAGACCUCAAUAUGCGUUCCCUUCGCUUUAAAGUGGUCAACAAAAUGUCCACCCUGAAAAGAGACUAUCUGCUGGGCAGUUGUGAUCUGCGUCUUUGCACCAUUGUGACACUCUAAGCCAUUAGUACUUCCAUGCAUUAUUAGUAUU